CUGAAUCUCUCCAGCAAGAGCCAAGCCGAACUGCCCACGACGCUACAUCUACAGUCAUCUUCCUUUCUGGGCACCGGAAAGGCCAUUACUCACCAGGACCAUCUCGAUAAACUGGAGGACAAGGAAAUCCGCCGCGCACUUGACGGGCGGGUCGGGAAGAGAAAAUAUGGGGCGGAAAGACUCGCUGCGAUGGCAGACAGUGAGGAUGAUGACCUCGAUGGUCUGGAAGAGGGGACGGGUGAAUUCAUGGAGGUUAAUGAGCCGACCGGUAGAGAGAAGGGGCAAAAAUCCUAUGGAGCGACCAGAUCGCAGCCAAUAAUUCUCUUCGAUUCCAGCUACAUCCCGCCAGCCCAGGAAUCGAAGUCGAAAGUCUCACCAGCUGUAGGGAGCGCCUUGCAGCGCAAUGCCGAUGGCUCUAUCAUCGCUCCUCGAACCGUGCCGAAGAAGGCAAAGAGCAGCGGGACGAUCCUCAAAAAAUGGAGGAAAGGAUUGCCUUCUACACAAGGUCCUAUGGACUCGGACUCGGACUCGUCCUUCGACAGCUCAGACUCAGGCAAUGAUUCCGACGAAGGAGUGGAUGAGGAUUUGGAAAAUGAGGGCGAGGACGAAACCGAGGGUGAUGGUGGUUCUGGGGAUGGCUCAAGCUCUGAUGAAGGCGGCGCAGAGCAGGAGGAGGAAUCUCCGCUUUCGAAACCCAAACGCGCCGGGUUCAAAGCAUGGGCCAUGUCUCAACUCAGCGCAGCAAAAGGCUACGUCGCUCCUGUUCCCUCAGAAUCCACUUCAGAACAGGCUCCAUCCGAUCCCACUGACGAACCCCCUCCGCCGAAGAAAAAGCGGAAAAUCGACCCGUCGGGAGAGAUGCGGGGGCCUCUGGGCGAGGAUUUCCAGCUUCCUUCCACUUCGUUAGCACAACACCUACAAGCUGCUGGCAAGACAGACACAGCAACCAAGAAGGUAGUUUCGGUCACCCGACCCGCGGACGUCGAAGACUCGAGGCUGCUCCUGCCUAUUGUGGCGGAGGAGCAGCCGAUCAUAGAGGCUAUUCUCUUGAAUUCUGUGGUCAUCAUAUGCGGUGAGACCGGAAGCGGAAAGACAACGCAGGUCCCUCAAUUCUUGUAUGAGGCUGGUUUCGGUUCUCCAGGGAGCGACAACCCUGGUAUGAUCGGAGUCACACAACCUCGACGUGUAGCAGCUAUGUCAAUGGCUUCACGUGUCGCCCACGAGCUGUCCCUCACAUCAUCUCGCGUCUCGUAUCAAAUCCGCUACGAUGCGACUGUAUCUCCCUCGACAUCAAUCAAAUUUAUGACGGAUGGCGUCUUGCUGCGCGAGCUUGCGACGGACUUUCUGUUGCUGAAAUACUCUGUUGUAAUCAUUGACGAGGCGCACGAAAGAAGUAUGAAUACGGAUAUCUUAAUAGGUGUGCUCAGUCGUGUCAUCAAGCUCAGAGAAGACAUGUGGAAAGAAGGAAAGGAUAGAGUGAAGGUCUGUGCAUCACACUUGCCUCUCCGAUUAAUAAUCAUGUCUGCUACUCUUCGUGUAAACGACUUCGCAGAAAACAAAACUUUGUUUGCUACGCCGCCACCGAUCAUCAACGUUUCUGCACGUCAACAUCCCGUCACAGUCCACUUCAGCCGCCGGACAGGCUCCGAUUACGUGACUGAGGCUGUUCGCAAGGCGUCAAAAAUUCACUCACGAUUACCCCCUGGCGGCAUCCUCAUAUUCCUCACCGGGCAGAACGAGAUUGCUGGCGUAUGCAGAAAGCUCGAGGUAAAAUUCGGUGCAAGAGCACUGCAAGAUAGGAAGAAGAGACAGAAGGCCGAGGACAUUGACCUCGGAAACGUGGAGGAAGCUGAUCUAGCCCUUGACGUAGAUGGCCAGCAGACUGCUGAGGAAGAUGCGGAAGCAUUGGACACAGACGACGAGGAGAUGGACGAACAGGCGUUGGGGAUAGAUACCGACGAAUCUGACGAACCAAUGCACAUUAUACCCUUAUACUCCCUUUUACCCACCGACAAACAAAUGCGUGUAUUCCAACCUCCUCCUCCAGGGCAUCGACUAGUUGUUGUCUCUACCAAUGUCGCCGAAACAUCUCUCACGAUCCCUGGUAUACGAUAUGUCAUAGAUUGCGGAAGGGCGAAAGAGCGCAGGUAUAACGUCGCCAAUGGGAUACAAUCGUUCCAAAUCAGCUGGAUAUCGAAAGCAUCCGCAGCUCAACGUGCCGGGCGUGCUGGCCGUACCGGCCCUGGUCAUUGUUACCGACUAUAUUCCUCGGCUGUGUUCGAGAACUACUUCGACCAGUUUACACAGCCGGAGAUCCUUCGCAUGCCGAUCGAAGGUGUAGUAUUGCAGAUGAAGAGCAUGCAUAUUGACGCCGUCGUGAAUUUUCCGUUUCCAACACCUCCAGAUCGAUCAACGUUGCGACAGGCGGAGACUGUUUUGACACAUCUGGGAGCAAUUGUGCCAUCACUUCAGCUGAUACAGAAUUCAUCGGAACUCCCAAACACUGUUGGAGGAAAGAUCACAGAGCUGGGGAGGACAAUGUCUUUAUUCCCAUUGUCCCCUCGGUUUUCAAAAAUGUUGGUCAGUGGUCGGCAGCAUGGUUGUCUGCCAUAUGUCAUCGCCCUUGUCUCGGCCUUAUCCGUCGGCGACCCAUUUUUGCGUGAAGAAGCUAUAGACGGCUUGCAAUCGCCGGACAGCGGUUCGGAUGACGAGCUAUCCCACAUCACUAGUGACAAGAUGAAGGCAAAGGAGUUAAGGAAAAUGCGUCGUCGAGCAUUCUUUAAAUCUCAGCAGCUCCAUGCCUCUCUUGGUAAUUCAUUGAGUGACCUGUUCAAAAUUCUCUCAGUCGUGGGCGCAUAUGAGUACGCGGGAGGAGGACAGAAAUUUUGUGCGGAGCAUUUCGUAAGGCCAAAGGCGAUGGAAGAAAUCCAUAAAUUGCGCGCACAGAUCAGCAAUAUUGUCAGCACAAACUUCCCUAACAUAGAUGGAGGUUUUACACCCGACCUUGCACCGCCGAGUGACCUCCAGCUCAAGGUUCUGCGACAACUUUUAGCAGCCGGCUUCAUUGACCAAGUUGCCAUCCGAAAAGAUCUGGUUCUCAAAGACUCAGCAUCAGGCGAUCAAUAUACGACGUCAAGCGGCAUCCCUUAUCAAGCUUUGGGCAUCGCAGAAGAUGUUUAUAUUCAUCCAUCAUCUGUACUCACGACCACAUUGCCGCCAGAUUUCAUUGUCUUUCAUGAGGUGAUCAAAACCAGCCGUGUGUGGCUCAAAGGUGGUUGUACCGUGAUCAACGCGGCCUGGUUGUCGUCUUUAGGGAAGUCAUCUUUGUGCACGUUCUCGAAGCCAGUGAAGAACAGUGCUGGAAAUCUUGUGGUAAUACCAAAAUUCGGUCCAGCAGGAUGGGAAUUGCCUCCAAUAAAAGAGUCUGUAUAA